UAACAGCAUCAUUUAGCACACGGAAACGGGUACACAUCAAGUAUAUUGGGUUGGUUUUGGGCUUGUAAACUUCGUGGGAAAACGAACGUAAUCUCAACGAGAGCUGACGACUCGACGACAUUGAUCACCUUCAGCGAAUAAAAUAGAACAGAAGUCAUACAUUUACAUACAUUAAACAUCGCCUGACCGGCUGACACAGAACAAAGAUGGCCAGUACAUAUAACUUUCUCCGAUAUCUCAUGAUGGCAUUCAACGUCGUGUUUUUUCUUUGUGGAGUUGGCGUGCUGGUAGCCGGGAUAAUAGUCCGUGUAGACAGAAAAGAUCGUUUAUUGUACCUGGAAGUUUGUGAUAAGUUUGAUUAUCAUGCAGCAUCUUACAUCACCAUUGCUUCGGGUUUGUUUAUAAUCAUCGUCUCUGGUCUUGGUUUAAUCGGAACCCUGAGAGAAAGCAGAUCCCUUCUUCUUUCGUUUAUUUGCUGUUUAUUUACUUUGUUCUUGAUCGAAGUGACGAUUGGUAUUUUAAGCGCGGUUUACAAAACAGAGAUGGGAAAUGAACUGAAAGUUUGUAUGAAUGGGACAUUAGUGGAAUAUUACGCUGACGAAAAUCUUAGAAAUUCUUGGGAUGAAAUACAAGUUCAGUUAUCAUGUUGUGGAGUUAAUGGUGGAAAAGACUAUAGACAUGCAAGAAACAGGCAAUUCAACGUAACAAGCCCAAAAAGUUGUGAACCAAACGCCGAUAAGGGAUGUUAUUCCGCUAUAAAGGACAAGGCAAGUGACGAUUUGGUAAUUCUGGCAGUUGUUGCGGCAGUUAUAACAUUAGUAGAGCUUAUUGGAAUUGCCAUGGCUUUAUGGUUAGUUUGCAAGAUUUCUGAGAAAUAUCAUACAUAAAGAUUGACACAGGAUGACGCUUAAGGAUUUCUAUCGAUGGAAUUGAUCACAAUUUCGCAAUCUAAUAUAUCAGUAUUUUGUAAUUGUACAGAAGCGUAGCCAGCCAAACAAUUUUUUCCUGCUGUAUGCCAAGGUCUGUUUUUCAUAAAACGUGCAUAGCCGGACUACAUCAUCAGGCUGGCUACGUCAUUGUCAUCCUAUAUAAAAAAACUAUAUAAAAGAAGCAAUUAAACAGGGUGCAUAUUAUAAUCAUCGCUCGUGCGGGAUUACUGAUUUAUACUUGCACUGCAUAACGGUUAAAUAGACAUUUUUCAUAAUGACAUCAAACGCGGAAAGUCUGAUGUCACACGAAGUUUGAUUCGCUUGAUAGUUUUGUGGAGC